AUGGGUGGAAUGAUAGGUCAUAUCCCUCGUAGACCUCGUAGAGAUCUAUUUGUGGGUAAAAAUUUUAAUAUCCAUGGUAAACCUUAUCUAUUCCAGCGACGUUUAGGUGCCGGUGGUUUCGGUAAUAAUCUAAGUGCUGUCUAUGCGGCUCGAGCACCUAGUGGUGAUCAUGUUGCAAUUAAAGUAAUUGAUAUAAAUGGAAUGCGGGGUGCUGGUGAAAAUCUUGUUGUCUCCUAUUUAACAGAAGUUAAAAAUCUUCAAGAAUUGAGACAAAAUUCACGACAUGUUGUUAAAAUUUAUGAUUUUGAUUUUGAUUCUCGAUCUGGUCGAGCUUAUAUUGUUAUGGAAUUAGGUGGUGAUAACUUAGCGAAAUUAAUUCUACGCUUACAUGCAGCGGCAGGAAGUUCUCGUGAUCCUGGUACAUAUAUAGAUCCGGUUAUUCGUAAAGAAAUUUGGCAUCAAAUGGUUAGUAUUGUAACGACAUUAACUUCAGAAAAUAUUGUUCAUAUGGAUUUAAAACCAGAUAAUGUGAUUUUAUUCGGUGAUGUCCUGAAAAUCGCUGAUUUAGGUAUAUCAAAAAAAGCCAAUAUGUUAGGUUAUCCAGGUGUAGGUACACCAUUAUUUAGUGCACCAGAAGUAAUGCAAGAUAAUAGUGGUCAUCGUCGAGUCUAUGGUCCAAAAGCUGAUAUUUGGUCUUUAGGUGCCAUUCUUUAUGUUAUGACUUAUGGUCAACCACCAAGAUAUAGUCGAAAAGCAGCAGAUCCUCCACCGGGACAAUCACCUUCACGUGAUCGGACUCUUGUAGAUAUGCUUCGUCGUACACUUGUCCUUGAUCCUCAUAGACGUGCUGAUAUAGAAACAGUUCUACGUCAUCCAUAUACACGUCAUUGA